AUGGAUAGUCCACCCAAACUGACUGGUGAGACGCUGAUUGUCCAUCACAUUCCCCUGGUGCAUUGCCAGGUCCCUGAUAGACAGUGCUGCUCCGUGAGCAAAAGGACCAACCCCUUCUGCCAGCCAGAGCUCAGCAUUACACGGACCUCUGCCCUUCCAGACAGAGAUCUUUCACAGACUGACUCCUUGGUGUACAGCAGCUUUCUCCAGACCUCCGAAACCUCAGCAGAGGCCUCAGACAACAAAGAAGGCAAAGCGAGGGAUUUGAUUGUCCCUAGCGUCAGUAAGCGACACAACCCUUUCCUGCUGAGUGAGGGUGAAGACCUCAGCGUCUUUGGGGAUGACUUGGGUCAAAAAUCUUUCCACCUUCACAACUCACUUGUGUCUGGCAAACCUCCCUUUCAUCUGCAUGAGCUGGCCUUGCCCCCGUUCCACCUCCACGACUCCAACCACAUUGUGAAAUCCUGGAACAUGGCCAGCCGCUCCGGUGUGGUAGAUGGACAAGAGGACAAAAUCAGCAGUGAUGACAUCCAGAAGAGGAACAACGCGAACCGGUGCCACCAGGCCUCAGAGCACAUGGAGCUGGAUGAAUGCAGCUGCCAUCGUGGCAGCUCCUCCAGCUUCUCCUUCGAUGGUGGUGACCAGGAGUGGAACCAGAACACGGUUGAAUCGCUGAGGAAUCAGGAUGCCCUGCACAGCCGGACGUGCAACUGUUCCAGCUCAGAGCUCCAGCACUGUCGCUGCUACAGUUCCUCAAGUCAGUCUGAAGUGACUGACCAACAGAUGGGCUACAUCAGUGACUCUUCCUGCAACAGCUCCGAUGGUGUGCUGGUGAACUUCAGUGCUCUCUACAACAAAAUGAAUGACCAUUCUCGAUCUAACCUGAAUUCAGCCAACCUGUCCUGUGACUCUUCCUUCUGCAGCCACUCAGACACAGGAGCUUUUUACCUGGAUUUGCAUUCAUCACCCACAGAAUCUAAGAUGUCUUGUGAGUCGCAUCACCCAGAGAGUUCAGGGAAAGUGUGUGAGUGUCAACACUCCUCCUCACCUGUCCUCGAUGCCAACUGCAACUCCUACCACCUCCACUGUGAGCCUUGCACUUCGGAGAGCUCAGACCUCACUGCCUGCUUCCAGAGCCAAGCGCGGCUCGUUGUGGCUACUCAGAAUUAUUAUAAGUUAGUCACGUGUGACUUGUCUUCCCAGUCAUCCCCCAGUCCAGCAGGUUCUUCCAUAACUAGCUGCUCGGAAGACCAUACCAAAGGUAGCCCAGCCCAGCCCACUGAAUACUAUCUGUUCAGAAGGCCUGACCUGAGACAAGAAGAAAGCAAUGUGGAGAGCAGUGAAGAGGAGGCAAAGGGAGAAGCCACCCAGAACAUGAUUGAGGGUCAGGUCUAUGUGAAUGUGUCACCACCUAACCUCAACACAAGCCGGCAGCGCUCCAGGAGCUAUGAUCAGAACCUGGACAGGAGUCCCAGCAGCAGGCUGGGCUCCUUGGAGCGCAUGGUGAGCUGUCCGGUCAAACUGAGUGAAAGUCCGGCAAUACCCAUUCAGAGUUCCCCCCCGAAGCGAGUGACAUCUUUUGCUGAACUGGCGAAAGGCAGGAAAAAGAACGGCACCUCCCCACCACUCCGGUCCAGUGGUGAUUCCUCCUUGGAGUUCUCCCCUAUCCCGGAGACACAGCGGGAUUGCCCAACCUUCCUUGAAGAAAGAGCUCGCCGCAGCCAGAGUCUUCCACCCAUGCCAUUUGUCCAUGGCCUGAACCGGAGCUGUGAGGGCUUCUGUUUAAAUCACACUUUUGGGGACAGCCAGGCUUUAUGUUCCACCAAAGACUGCGUCUCCAGUGAGAAGGUCCCCAGUGGGCACGGGGCAGGUGAGCGAGCCUCUCUCUCCCUGCUGAUGGAGGCAGAUGCCAGCUUCUCAGGUGGCUCUGCCAGUGGCCACGGACAAAGAGAUGCUAGAGCCCGAGCAGAUGGUGGUGGCACAGACAGCAAACCUGUGGUACGCUACAGCAAGGACCAGCGUCCCACGACUCUGCCCAUCCAGCCCUUUGUUUUCCAGCACCAUUUCAGCAAGCCACCCAAGGCCCGUGCUCUGCACAGCCAUUUUGCCUCCAGCCUUUCCCAACUCUACAAUCUGUCCAGCAACCGGCCUGCCAGCCAGCAGAUCUCCUCCAAUGCUCCGUGGCUGGUCUGGACCAUCGCCAGCUCCCUGUGGCUGUGGCUGCUCCCUAUAGUACCACCUUCUUAUAGCCACAGCCUGCAGCAAAAUUGUGUCUGGGUGCUGCAGCACCCAGCAGCCCCUAUCAUCACUCUGCCUGCAAAAGAAACGAACCACCUCUCCCCACAAGCGCUGAAGUGGCGGGAGUACAGGCGGAGGAACCCCCUGGGUCUGGACCGCGUUUCGGGGCUGCCCGGCUUAGCAGGCAGCCUAGACAGGAGGCAGCAAGAGCCUCGGCUGAACCGGGGGAACCACAUCUUUGAGCUGCCUGGCACUCUCAACACCAGCCAUUUCCACUGCAAACUGAACGGACAGUCUAUGAGGCAACUCCAGCUUACCUACACUGACUUCUUCCCUGACUACUUCUCACUAGCAGAGAAACCCCCCGCUGAGUUCUGCCUCUCCCCAGAUGGCAACACAGAGUCCAUCUCCAUUGACUUGCUGCAGAAGAAGGGUCUGGUGAAGGCAAUCAACACUGCUGUUGACCUGAUCGUGGCUCACUUCGGAACCAGCAGGGAUCCAGGGGUGAAGGCCAAACUUGGGAACAGCUCCGUGAGCCCCAACGUGGGGCAUCUCAUCCUGAAAUACCUGUGCCCUGCUGUCCGGGACAUUCUGAGUGACGGGCUCAAGGCUUACGUCCUGGACAUGAUCAUUGGCCAGAGGAGGAACAUCCCCUGGAGUGUGGUGGAGGCAUCCACCCAGCUAGGCCCCUCUACCAAGUUGCUGCACAGCCUCUAUGGCAAGAUCAGCCAGUACACGGAGCUCACCAACCACACCAUGCGGUUCAACAUUCCUCUUUUUGGCCUCCUCAAUAUCCGGUCCUUGGAGUUCUGGUUCAACCACCUCUACAACCAUGAAGAUAUCAUCCUGGCACACUACCAGCCAGUGGGCUUCUUGUGCCUGUCUCACAGAAAUACUGUGCCCAGGUCAGCGGAGACCCGCAAGGCCCCACCGCCCCGCGAAGGGGUGGUGGAGGGUGCAGAGGCUUGUCCCAUUGCUGAGGGCACCUUGGAAGAGAGGCCCAAGGUUGCCAGCAAGCCAAGUCCUGAACCCAUGGAAGAGCCCUUGGAAAAGCCCCAGCAGGUACCGGUCAGCGAAGAGGUGAAGGAACGGAGCUGGGCCUUCUGGAUGGGCAGCCCCCCAGACUCAGUGCUUACAGAGCUGAAGCGCAGCAAGGAGAAGGAGACUGGGACUCAGCAAAGAGUGGGAGCAGCAGCAGCAGCCCCCCAAGAGGAAAGCAGCACCAGUGCAUCAGAGGGCAGUCAGCCUAUCAAGUGGGGACACUUGUUUGGGUCCAGGAAGGUGCAAAAAGAGGCCAGGCAGCCUAACAGGUUGCCCUCCGGCUGGCUGAGCUUGGACAAAUCCGUGUUUCAGCUGGUGGCCCAGACGGUUGGGGCAAGCAUGUGGCGAGAAGCAGCCCCUGAGCCAGAGGCACCCCAGCCAGAGCCACCUGCAGUGCCCCCCACGGCGCGGACGGCCCGGGGGCUGUCUCCCCACCCUCCCUGUGAGGUGAAAGCUCUUUGCCAUCACAUUGCUACCGAGGCAGGACAGCUGAGCUUCAACAAGGGGGACAUCCUGCAGGUCAUCUCCAAGGUGGAUGGUGACUGGCUGCAGUGCAGCCUCGGCUCCGAGAAGGGACUGGUGCCCAUCAUGUACGUCACCCACCCAGAGGACGAGGACUACUGACGUGGCGGGGAGGCCAAGUACAGUACCGUGGGCUGCUGAGGCUCCUCUGGGGAAGCCCACCCUGCCAGAGGAACAGACACAGCUUCUUGCUAGUUUCUUACCUUUCUUGCCAUUACAGAAUACAGUAACUGUAGGUGGUUCCUUCUUGCUCCUCCUUGUGCAGCUGCCAAAGGCCAACUCGGCCCCCAGGGUCUUCUGCGAGCUGCACCUCGUAUUGCCAGGCAUCACCGUGCAUGCAGCCACACCGGGGACUGCCUGAGCCCUCUCCACCCACACCAUCUUCAGCACCCGUAGGCCGUGGACUCGUACAUAGCAGGAACCCAAGCAGUCCCUGCCAGGGCAGCGCUGCCCCGCUGUCCAGCUCAGUUUCACGC